AUGGGUGUAAGUCAGCCACCUCCGAUCAAAGACGCAGUAGACCGGGCUGUGGAGAAAGCCAAAGCUAUAGCACCACCACCGAUAAAGAAUAGCAAUGCGUCCAUCUCGUCGCUUCCCGACCUCAUCGUAUCGCAGCUCUCGCAGCUUUUGAGCGUAUCGAAGGAGAUCUACAUCAGUCCUUCAGAUGCCCGUGUUGAAUGGACUUUUGGUACCUCGCCACACGAACCCAUCCGUGUGUCCCUCGCAGUCUUCCCAGACCAUGACAUGGCUGUAAACGCGAUACGCUACGAGCUUGCAACAUUCCAACUACCCGUGGACCAAUUAUUCCACACACCAGCUGAUGCAUGGCGCGGUCAGUAUGAGCUCGAAUCAAUCAUGAAGGGCCACGAUAUGGUCCUGGUUAGGAGAAGUAUCCUACUCCGCGUACGGUGGUUGAGAUCAGGAGCACUUGGAGAGACUAAUUCUAAUCUGUCCUCCCGCGUUGCGGAUAUCAUCGUCAGUGGACUCAAGAAGCACGAGGUCGACGCUCCUCUAUGGCGCUUGCCUCAACCUACACCGCUAGCUGGUGUGCCUGGAAAGAUCCGGGUCGGACAGCAAUUCACGGUCCAUGCUUCAGUUGUAGAUGUCGUUGAGUCAAAAGGCAGUACCGACACUGGGUCAGUCUUCCUGAUUGAGAAAGACGAGACGUCUGAAACGUUUACGUUCGCAGGAAGGAGGGCUGGUAAAGACAAGAUAACGUUGAGCUUCGCUCAUAAGGACACGCUAGCUGUCGCUACGCAGGAGUUCGAGGUCGAGGUCGAAGAUGAUGCGUGA